CUUGAACCAGAAAGCGCGGACGCUGCUCACCCACAACACCCACACACCAUCAUCAUCACACCAUGGGCGACUUGGAAGGGUUAAUGUUGGUGGAGAAGGAGCCUCGCGCUGGCGAUGCCAUCACGUUGUGGUGGCCAAAGCUUGUCGCUGGCUCAGAUCCGCUCGAAAACGCAUACCUUUCUUUUCGCAGGACCAAGGCGCAAGAAACGCGCGAAGAGUUUAUCAAGCAGUUUCCAUUGGUGCUUCCGCCCAAGAUUAGCGAGGAUGACAAAGGCAGCAAGCAGCACAACCGCGAGGAGGCGUUUGGCGACAUCUUCGCAGGUUCACUCGGGACGAAAGCGAGGGCACUCGCCUACAUGCUGAGUCCCGUCGGCGCCCCUCGACAAACUGGGACGGAUGGACCGCAGCUGUCGGUUGCGCUGUUUGAUGUCAUUGCCGGCCGCUCCUUUGGGCGCACGUGCGGUCUUCUCGACAUUUUUCAACGCAUCUUCGACUCCAUCACCAAGGACGGACACUGCAAUAUAGCGCUGCCGCACGUGAACUUUGAGUUUGUGCUUGAUGAGGAGCACCUGCCGUCGUCGUUCAAACCGCCGCCCGCUAUUGCUGUUGGCAACGAAGCCGUCUCCCGGCACCACACCCUCGUCUUCAGUACCGUAACUCACACGUUUGGGUACCAAACGCACUAA